CGCUGCGUCGUUCGUCUCUCCCACCAUCUGCGAUCAGUGUAUUCGAGCGGGCGAGUUGGGUCAACGACGUUGACUUUCGAUACUGCAAUCGCAGACUUAGUACGUUACCAAGAUGGUGGUGUUGGGGGUACGCGAGGCCUAAUAACCGUGCCAGAAGCACGAUGUACUUGAAUCAGAACAAUCGUGGUCGCCGCGCCUCACAGCCUGCUAAGAAUGGCCGCGCGGCCCGCCCUGCCAACGGGGGUGUUGCACCACCCCCGUAUACCCCAUACCAAGAAACGAACUCGUAUGUACAGCUUCGUCCGAACAAGGCGCGGGCGGUUCCCAAAUGGGUCUGGAUCCUGUUUGUAGCGGCUUCCAUCGUGGGGAUCGUGGUCUUUGGCAUACUACAGACCUGCCGUGCCAACAGACAGACCCACCGCGCCGACGCCCUAGACCGCCGCCUGGCGGAGUACCCACCCACGCGCGUGGAGCUUGACGCGCUCAAGGCAGAGUGGGAGGAGGGGCGCACGAAGCAUGAGAUGGAGAAGCGGGCAUAUGACGCGGAUACGGAGCGGUGGAGGCGUGCGAUGCAGGGGCAUGAGGCGGCGAAGAGAGGGUGGGCGGAGGAACAGGAGCGAUGGGCGCGUCAGAAGGAGGCGCGCGAGAGGGAGUGGAAGGAGGAGCAGGGGCGGUGGGUGCGUCAGAAGGAGGCGCGCGAGAGGGAGUGGAAGGAGGAGCAGGAGGAGCAGGCACGGCAAAGGGAGAAACGCGAGAGAGAGCGGAGGGAGGAGCCAGUCCAGCACCGCAUGCAGGAGGGUAAUGUGUUGGGCUUGUCCUGGGGACAGAUCGAGAGCCACCAGUGCGUCCGCUAUGGGACUCGGGAGUAUACGGCACGCCUCGCCUUCAAUGUGAAGGAGGCGUGCCAGCAUAUGCCCAUCGCUAUCAAUGGCGCCACAAUCAGCGCACCUCAUGAGUGCAUCAUGGAAGGAGACGCUCUGGUGAGUCGCUGGAACAUCGAUCAGGGCGAAGCGGCAUGCAAGCCCUACUGGGGAAAACUGUAUGACAAGGGUUGUAUUGGUUGGGGCUCUGGCAAGCACCGCUACGAAGCCCGCCUGUGGGAUAUCCAUGAUGGCAUGGAUUGGAUGGCCAUGUGUACCACCACCCCCGCCGACAUUCGUGGCCACCAUCUCGAUGCCCCGACGCAUUGCGACAAUCGAGGCAUUUUCCAUGGCAUGGUCGGCAUGUGGGAUGUCGACGACUACCAGUGCCAGUGAAUGAUUCCCAUUCAGUAGAGCUUCAACACCUUCCGGUUCCCAUGUGUCUGUUCUUGUUCUGUCUA